CAGCAGCGGCGGCGGCAGCAGAAUCCCCCCCCCCCCUUCCUGCUCUCCUGCGGCCGCUUCUAUCUAUAUAUAGGCGCCGCACGCGGAUGCAGCUCCGUUUCUCCGCUUAGGCUGAGGCGGAGGAGGAGGAGGGGAUUUUUCUGGGAUUGGGAUUGGGAUGGUCUGAUUCUGCUUGGCUCGGUGCUCGGUGCUCGGUGCUCGGUGCUUCACGGAUCCAGCCGCCGCCGCCACCGCCGGUUGAUUUGAGCUGUACAGUAGAUUGGAGCGCCGCGAGGCGAGGCGAGGCGAGGCGACCGCCGUGAAUCUCGAGAGGAGGAGGAGGAGGAGCCCGUCGGCGUUGGUCGGGGUCUGACGAGGUCAACCACGAGGAAUGGAUCUCCGCGGAGAAGACGUGGUGCUGGAAGAGGGCUACGGGGAGGCGGAGGAGUCGCGGUGGGGGUGCCUGGCGCCGGAGCUCCUCCCCGGCGGGAGCCGCAAGCGCGCCGCGCCGGAAGACGUCGACGACGUCGACGGCCUUGGCCUGGAGGAGGUGGACGACGGCGGCAAGCGCAGCAAGCCGCCGUCGCCGCAGCCGCACACGCCUGACAUCCGUGAGGCGCAUGGCCCCCCCGGACGCCGCGCUGCUGCUGCCGCCGCCGGUGGUGGAGGGGAGCAGAACGGCGGUGGUGGGAGUAAUCUCAUCGGGGAGAUUGGCCGUGACCUUUCCAUCAACUGCCUGCUCAAGCUGUCACGGUCUGAGUACGGCCGCGUGGCAUCGCUUAACCAGGAUUUUCGCUCGCUGGUGCGCGGAGGGGAGAUCUACCGGCUGCGGCGGCAGAAUAAGAUCUCUGAGCAUUGGGUGUACUUCUCCUGCAAUGUGUUGGAGUGGGAUGCCUACGACCCGUACCGCAGGCGAUGGAUCUCUGUGCCCAAGAUGCCACAUGAUCAGUGUUUCAUGUGCUCAGAUAAGGAGUCUCUGGCCGUGGGCACUGAGCUGCUCGUGUUUGGGAUGACACACCUUGUCUUCAGAUAUAGCAUACUGACUAACUCUUGGACACGGGGCGAGGUGAUGAACGCCCCACGGUGUCUGUUCGGGUCAGCAAGCGUUGGGGAGAAGGCGUAUGUGGCCGGUGGUACUGAUUCUUUUGGCAGGAUACUCAACUCAGCAGAGGUGUAUAACUCCGAAACACAUACAUGGGCACCCCUCCCUAGCAUGAAUAGAGCAAGAAAGAAUUGCUCUGGGGUGUUCAUGGAUGGCAAGUUCUAUGUCCUUGGUGGUGUGACCAACAACAACAAGGUCUUGACCUGCGGUGAGGAGUAUGACAUACAGAGCCAGACUUGGAAGGUGAUUGAAGACAUGUCUGAAGGUCUCAAUGGAGUGAGCGGCGCACCCCCACUUAUUGCGGUUGUGAAGGAUGAGCUAUAUGCUGCUAAUUACAGUGAAAAGGUUGUGAAGAAGUAUGAUAAGAAGAAUAAUAAGUGGAUAACACUUGGAAAUUUACCAGAGCGUUCUGUAUCGAUGAAUGGCUGGGGACUUGCAUUUAGGGCAUGUGGUGAGAGGCUGAUUGUCAUUGGUGGUCCCAGAACUCCAGUUGGUGGUACAAUUGAGAUCAACUCAUGGAACCCGGAUGACAAGCAACCUGAGUGGGAUUUGAUUGACAGACGGCCAUCUGGAAAUUUUGUGUAUAAUUGUGCUGUGAUGGGCUGCUAGUUCACUGGACCAAGGAUGAGUACAGUGAUUUUACAAAGAGAUAUGCAUAAAGGCAGACCUGAUUAGCUUCAACAUUCAUUCUUUGUCAAGACUUUCUGCCAUCGACCUCAGCAGAGCAGCAGAAGUUUCUUGUAACCCUUGAGUUCUAAUACAUCUGUUUUCUCCCCCAGCUAAUCCACUUCUUAAUUUACAUUUGGAUCAAUAUCAUGAUUUCGAAGAUGAUACCAUGCAAAAAAAAAGCCUUAUGAAUAAUCCAUGAACAACAAUUUUUAGCGGCUUUCCAUCAUUGAUGAUGAUGAAGCAAGUUAUUUUGAUAGUAUGAUUGUCUAUAACCUGGAUCAAAGAAGGAUCAUCAAUUAUGCUUGUCAUGUAUUUCAUAUUCAUGGCCAUAAUUUUUGACCUGUUCUUUAUCCUAUGUAUUAUGCCAGAUCUUUUCUGUUUGUUUCAUUGUUUGUAUGAAUUUGACUCAGGCCAAUCACCCUUUGGAUUUUCUAGCUCUUAGAAAUUGACACCCUCUACUUGGAUCAAAUCCAACAUGGAAU